AACUCCCAGGUCUCCAUCUCUGCAGUGGGAGAGAUCUCAGAGUCAGGCUUAGAUCAUUGGGGUGGGGAUGAGUACUUGACACUGGCCUGGUCCCAAUUAGGUUGAUGAGGCAAAGACUCAGGUGAGGGCCUGCAAGGCAGGACCCUAAUGGGCAAAGUAUAAAAGCUCUGAGGAGGAACCUGUGUCCAAUUGACCCUGUUUGGGAGGGGCGUGAGAAGCUGAGUGGAUAGUGUUGGAGGUGAGUAAGUCUGGGCUUGGGGAAGAGGCAGAGAGAUGAAAGACCUUUCCUCUCUGAGGAUGAGGUGCUCGUCCUAGAGACUGAAGGACAUUGAGGCUCUCGGGACAGGGUGCUGAUAUUCAUAUUAUUUUUCCUCUCUGGGUACCCCACUUGCCCAGCAAAGCUGCCCAGAUAUGAGAGAGGGGACUCUGGCCAGCCAAGGAGCAGGCUCACUUCUGUGGCCUUCUGCCACCCCUGACCAAGCUCCCGCCACAGACUCUUCAGGAUCGAACAAAGGUGAUCUACCAGAAUAUCCCCCUGGGAUGUUCGAAGGGGCUGGCCCAGAGCCCAGGGGUCAGUGGCCUGGACUAGUGGUCAUCGUGAUCUGCUCCCUCUGGGCUUCUGCCUCCUUGGCCCUGGCCACCUCCACUUCACACCAACAAGGGCUUUUCUCAGCCCCCUUUACUCGGACACUCGCUGGACAUCCCCCAGGGGGCUUCUCUAGGUCCAGCCCAGUGAAAAAUGGCAUGAAUCAAUCCCUAGUCACAAGGGCUGUCCCUCAGCAUCCCGAGGUCCCAACAGGAAAGACAUUGGCCACUGGAACUUCUUCCUCCUCCCUUGUGAUUCCUGAAGGUUCAGAAGACAAGGGGGCUUCCUGGCGGUCAGUAGACUGGCAGAAGAAGACUCUUUUCUCCUCACUCUCCUCACGGCUCAGUUCUCUAAGUUUCGGGUCAAGGCUUCCCGCCCAAGUUAAGACUUUGCAUGCCAAGGCAGCCCCAAGUCUCAAGCCCCCCACAGAAAUCUUGGCUCUGGGUCCCCCGAAAGAUCAGGCUGAGACAUCCCUCACCCAAGUUAACCAAAUGGAUAACUUCCUAACCACUGAACAGCCUCCUUCCUCUCAGACUCCAGCUAGUGAGCUUUUGGGGAUGUGGGGAUCAACAGAGUCGGGGGUCCUUCAAGAUGAUGACAGAACCGAGCUGAGGCAUCCCAGUCUAUCCACAGAGUCCACCCCACCAGCACCUACCUCAGAAGUUCAGCUGAGUAUGAAGUCCAACUCCAGGGUCUUGUCCCUUCCCGAAUAUGAGUUCAGUUUUGCCCUUUCCUCUUCCAAGGAAGCCUUGGUUUCCAAAGGAACCUAUCCAAGCCCGGAGCCUGCGCAAGCAGCCAAGACUCGGAGCCUUCCAGAAGAGGCCAGAAAGGCAAUCGGUGCCACCACUUUCCCAAGUUUGGGGGCAUCAUGGGGUAGAGAGACACAGUCCCAUGUGCCCAAGAUCUCGAGAUCUCUUUCCCCACACAACUCAGAGAGGAACCCUAUAGAGAAGACCAAAUCCACAACUGCCAUCCCAGCUAUCAGCUCUUGGCCCAUCAGGUCUAGACUUUAUUCCAGGGGUCCUAAGAAAGCAGCUUCCACCUCUAAAGAUUCAUUUCCAAUCAAGUCCCUGAAUCACAUCGGGAUCUCUGCUAUUCCCCCACCAACCAGGCCCCCAGAUCAUUCUCCCAGAGUGAUUGGGCCCAAUCUGGAGUUCUUGGCAACUAACAAAGAAAAUGAAGGCUAUUCCCAAAUGAGGGGACACAGGAGGUUGGCAGGUUCUAGUGAUUCCAUCCUUCAGCAAGGCAUCCCCAUAGAGAGGUACAGACUGUUGUCCAGACCAAUAACUAGCCCUGGGGUCUUUGAAUCAACUAGCACUGACGUGGAUGCUUCUUCAGACUUGGGGCUUCUGUCUCUUCCACCAAGAGCUCUUGAUGCUGUCAGAGAGAAUAUAUUCUUUGUACGGGAGCCUGUUGAAAAGGUCUCUGCUACACCCUUAGAUGAAGAUACGCCCAAACCAAGUUCUCCUUCUAGACUUGCUAGCACAGCCUCAUCGUUAGACAAGGCUGCCUUCCUCACUUUCUCUUUGAGCUCCAAGUCCCUUGUGUCAUUCCCUCUAAAUGCCCCUGAACCUGGAAUGCCUGUGGUUACCUGGGCAUCCCACGGCAGCACAGCCCACCCCGAUGCCCACAGAUAUGAAUGGUCUAGGACCAAGCCUUCCUUGGACCAGCCGCAUCCUAAAAUGACCUCUCCAAGACAGAUAUUCCUGGCCAGAACUAAGAGCUCCGGGUCCAGGCGGGUCCUUACAGUCAACCCACAACCCAUACCUGGAAGAGAAGGUCUGCUGGAUUUCCUUACAUCUGGAGUAGUAGGCGGCCCUAGCCUGGAACUGCCCACAUCCACACCAAUGCUGCAAAAAAUCCCCAUCUGGAGAAGAAGGGAUUCACAGCCGAGAUCUGGAUUUCUAGUUCACAGACUGCCUCUACACUUCCGACUGAGUCAAAUCUCUUAUCACCCACUCCUGGCAAAUGAGCAAUCGGCCCACUUCAAGAGGCUCAAGUGGGAAGUCACAUUAACUUUUAGAAGGAUGCUCUCCCACAUGAAUGGAUUCCAGGAAAUCUCCAUCCUUAAGUUCUUCAAUGGGUCUGUGUUUGUCCAGAGUGAGGUGGAAGUUGAGGGAGAUCCCAUCCCCACCAGCUCAGACCUCAUCCGCUCCAUCGUCAGCAUGGUGCGUCAGAAGAUGGACACGCACUUCUCGUGGAGGGUCGAUCUCUCCUCUCUGUACUCCAAUGGUUAUGGAAUAGAAAACUUGGAACCAGAGAAAUUGUCCAUUACCUUUAUGGUCCCAAGGUUUGGUUCCCAGCUCGAUGGGGAGGAUUACCAGCACCUUCUAGACAACCUGAAGGACCAGGUGAUCCAGGAUGUGGGGAAGCUGUAUCCUGUGGUGAAAUUCUCUGUCCUCCAUGUCAGGGAGACUCAAGGUAAACUCUUGGUUGGAAGUGAGGUCUACAUCCACAACCAAGCCUGGGCAGAUGUCCGCCAUGUCUUACAAGCCUUGACUGGUUUGGCCAACCAGUCAGUGGAUCUGAGUUCACUCACCGUGGCAGGGUCCCACCUGGAUCUGCAGCUCUUACCCAUUUCCUUCCAUGUCACCAACAGGAAGUUGAAGAAAUCUGUGUGGGAGCCCUUGUGCCCAGAGCAUCAGACUCUCUUCAGAGAACUGUCCAUGGUGGUGAAACGUGCUCUCAGUAGACACAGGAGCCUCCUGCAAGUGAUAAUGCAGGACUGCUUGAGUGAUUACUUUAAGUGUAAGUGUGUGGGGGAGCUUUUGUUCGAGACCCCAAAGCCUACUCCCAAAAGCCUCUUGAAAACCCUGCUGGCAUCAGUAGACUCGGGGGGCCAUCUAGCUCUUUCGGCAUUCCAAGUGGACCCCGGCUCCUUCUGCAUUGCAGGAGAAAACCUGGAGUUUCCCCCCAGAUCCAAGAACAUAUCCAGCAUUUUUGUGGUUAUCACCAUACUGUGCCUCCUGAGUUUCUUCACAAUUUUCAUCCUGAUAAUCCAGAGUGUAAAGCUCAGGUGUGUAAGAGGUUGUUGGCAUCGAGGCACAUUUUCACUUCAAGCCUACCAGAUGCCUAAGGAUCUGUUGGAGUUGAGGAGCCCACUGGAACGCUCUGGUCAACAAGAUGAGAAACCAACUAUAGGAACUGGUAAUCACGACUUUGAAGGCACAUCAGAGGAGGAUUUUGGAAGCAGCAGCAGCAAAGAGACUAUACAUUUUCAUACCAGAACCUCUUGAGUAAUGAGCAGCCCAGUCCAGAUCCCGAUCUGCCUUGACGAAGGAGAGAAGGGUUGAGAGUCCUACUGUUAUGGGCCAAGAUCCAGUGUCUUAUCCACCCUGCCAACACUGACUUCCCCCAUCAGUCCCCCAUCCCCUUGGAGCUAGGUAUGGGCCUGAUUUUUCCUUUGGCCAUCUGCUGUCCCCAUCAUAAAAUGGGGGUAUGCUUUGCUUUGUGGUUUUUUAUUGUUUUGUACUUGAGGAUUUUUUUUUUCAGAAAGGAGAUUAUUGGGAAUUAUGUUGUUUGUCUAAAUGUUUAAAUUAAAAGCAAUUUUUAAAACUGAGCAAAUGUCUGAAUUUCU